CUUUGCGAUUCUCUCAAGAUCCAUGAGAAAGCGGAGGCAGAGAGAAAAUAAGGAUAUAAACACAUCGCAGCCUCAACAACGCCAAGAUUACUCACAUCAACUGCCGAAACUAAAUCGACUUUCAUCUCACCGUAUCUCAAAACUCUCGUCAAAAACUUUGCCGAUCUCUGUAGAUCAAUACCAGCAAAAAAACAAAAUGGUGCAUCAUAUCACUUCAAACGAUGAGCUUCAAAAGCUCCUCUCGUCAACAACAUAUGUCGCCGUCGACUUCUUCGCAGACUGGUGUCCCCCCUGCAAAGCCAUCGCCCCCGUGUACGAGCAACUCGCCACCAAGCACAGCGUCGACAAUGUCCUCGCCUUUGCAAAAGUCAACGUAGACCACGUCCAAGACGCCGCGCGCCAGUACGGCAUAACAGCCAUGCCGACGUUCCUGUUCUUCAAGGAAGGGAAGCAAGUCGCUGUCAACGGGCAGGUUGAGAUCAAGGGCGCUGACCCGAGGAGUCUGGGGGCUGCUGCUGAGAAGUUGGGGGGACUAGCGCAGAAGAGGGUUUCUGGAGCGUAGAGUGAUGAGGGUUUCGGGGAUUUUACUCCUGGGGAUCGGCCCGUGGAGUUUGGAAUUGUUCUUUGGUCUUGCUUUAGCGUGUUGGCAGGAAUGCAGCCAUUGUGGAGGGGGAAAAAGUUAAGCUGGUGUGAUGCUUUUAGUAUGGUUAGCGACGAGACAAGGGAAUAACAAACAUGUCUGUUUCCGGAUAUGAUUGAGUUUACGUGAAACGGGACUACAGGUGUAUAGCGUCAUUUGAGGUCUUUCUGACUCGAUGACUGUGAGAACAAUCAAUAGAGGAAUGCUAUGAAUCAAUGUAUGACGAUGAAUUAUUAUUCGCUGGUUA